GGCCCCCAGGCGGAGCAGCGGGCCCCCAGGCGGGGCGGCGGGCGCCGGGCCCCCAUACAGAGCGGCGGGUGCCGGGCCCCCAGGCGGAGCAGUGGGCCCUCAGGCGGAGCGGCGGGCACCGGGCCCCCAGGAGGGGCGGCAGGCACCGGGCCCCCGGGCGGAGCGGCAGGCAUCGGGCCCCCAGGCAGAGCGGCGGGCGCCGGGCCCCCAGGCGGAGCACGACAGCGGGCAUCGGGUCACCAGGCAUCAGGUCAUUUGGCUCGCCAGUGGGCACCGCGUCAUCUGGCAAGGCAGUGGGCACUGAGUCACCAGGCACGACAGUGGGCACCGGGUCAUCUGGCGCUGGAUUGUCUGGCUCGACAGCGGGCAUCGGGUCACCAGGCAUACAGCGGGCACUGGGUCAUCAGGCAUUGGAUCGUCUGGCUCGACAGCGGGCAUCGGGUCACCAGGUAUGACAGCGGGCACUGGGUCAUCAGGCAUUGGAUCGUCUGGCUCGACAGCGGGCAUCAGGUCACCAGGCAUGAGAGCGGGCACUAGGUCAUCAGGCGUGAUAGGAUCAUCAGGCUGGAUCAGUUCAUCAGGCUGGGUACAGACAUCAGGCUGGGUAGAGACAUCAGGCUGAAGUGCGGGUGCCGA